GGGCUUCCCCGCGCGUUCCGGCGCGAGCGCCGCCCCGGGCGGACGGCGGCGGCUCCCGGUGCUGCCAUGGCCGGCCUCGCUCCGCGCCUGCUCCUCCUGCUCUGCGCCGCCGCGGGGCCCGCGCUGGGCUGGGACCGACCGGGGAAGGUUCUGCUGCGGGACGUUCAGGCACUCACUCUCCACCGAGGGCAAUACACAACAUCCAGGCGGACAGCUUCGAUCCCUCAGCUGCAGUGCACAGGAGGCUCUGCGGGGUGUUCCCAUGCCCCCGAGGUUGUUCAGUGUUACAACAAAGGAUGGGAUGGCUAUGAUGUACAGUGGCAGUGCAAAGCAGACCUGGAAAAUGCCUACCGUUUUGGACAAAUGGAAGUGAGCUGUGAAGGCUACGAUUACCCAGAUGAUCCUUACAUACUGAGAGGCUCCUGUAGUUUGCUGUUCAAGCUAGAGCUGACUGCAGAAGGUGAAAGGAAAAUGAAGAACUCUGGAAACUUUGGCUCUAGCUAUUACCAGUCAAGGAAAGAUUAUUCUGAUUUUGGUUCUGGAGCAAUUGUUGUAAUUGUUCUUCUCGUUCUUGCUUUUGGAGUAUACAAGUUCUUCCUCAGCAGCCAGCAGUCUCAGCAGAGUUCUGGGGGCAAUGAUGGCUUCUCUCGGCCCUUCUGGCAGAGUCAGCAGGCACCUCCUCCUCCUGGUUUUAAGUCCACCUUCACAGAUGACAACAGCUUUGGAACUCACUCCCAUCAUGGAACCAGUUCAGGACCAGGAUUUUGGACUGGAUUAGGAGCAGGAAGCUUGCUAGGCUACUUGGCAGGCAAUCACAGAGCACAGCCACAUUCCUCUUAUCACAGUAUGUGGACAGAAACCACAGCUGUACCUCCUAUGCAUGGGUACUCAAGGAAUUCCAUAAAAGGCAGCAGUUCAGGAACAAGAACUGCUACUGGCUUUGGGGGCACAAAGCGAAGAUGAAAUCCUUACAUUAUUACGUCAGAGUAAUUGAAUAAGAUCCUGUUGUGUACUUGUACUUCUUUUAAUAGUAGUAUACUUCAGAAGUGGAUAUGAGGUAUGAAGGAUUAGGCAAAGAAUUCCUCACUUUCUCUGUGAAUUCGCACUGCUGUUUAGGGUAACACAGAUGUCAUCCACUAAGAGAGCAUCCACUAUUUCAAAACAGCAGUAUCUCCUACAGAAAAAGCUCAUCCAAGUCAAGAAGAAUGAUUUACAGUGACUGUGUAUCUGUCUGUACUUAAGGCAUUAUGGCAAUGAUAUCCUUACUAGAUUUUCAAAGCAUCGAUCUUACUACUGUGUUCUGAGCUUCAUUUCAUUUGGUCCAGAAUUCCUGUUAAUUUCGUUCCUCUUUACUGGUAGUCCAGCAUCUACCUGAUAUGUAAAGAGUGCUGUUCUUUGAAACUACUUUUGUUUGCCUUUGCAGAAUUAAUGUGAACUUUACUGUAAGUGCAGUAAAUGUUGGAGUUCUUCCUCAGUGGACAAGAGCAAAACUGUGUAUAAAGAGAUUAACAUUAGUAUGUUUGUAUCUGUGCUAUGUGACCGUUGGAGCAAAAAUGUGCAGAUUCAUGGAUUCUUCAUGUUAUAGAGUUUAUCCAAGGUAACUGUACAAACCUGGGGGACUUUGUCUAUAUGUUAUUUGGGGUAAAGAAAUAAAUCUGGAAAUCUGGACCUUUUUCUGGAAAACUGAGGUAAUUUAAAUUCAGAUGAUUACAGAUGUUUUGCCUGCAUUGAAGCCACAGAUUUUCCUAUUAAUGGUGGAUGUUGGCAAUGCUGUGAAAACUUAAAAUGUGAAUGGUCUGUCCUGCUAGAUCACCUGUCCAGGGCACAGUAAACCAAAGGUGCUCAUUGCAAAAGGGAAGUGAAUAUUCUUAAUGCAAAGAUGAUGGAAUCUCUGGGGCACAGCAGGCCUUGAUACUAAGCUAAGAAAGGAAAUUGGAUAUCUAACAGGAUGUAAACUUCCCCAAAUGUGCUUUUUAAAAAAAUGAAAUGCUGUUGAAGAGUGAGAAGCAGAGAGGCCUUGCUUUGUUCUGAUAUUUUGGGGCCUCUGUGAAGUGUCAUACAGUUGACUUCUCUCCUGGAAGAGGCAUUGCUGGAUGAAAAGCAGAGAAAUUUCUCAGGAUUGUGUGGAGAGGGGAAGAGUGAAGAAUGCUUGAUCACCAGUUCUUCUCCAGACCCCCUUCUAACAGUUUAGACGUGUUUGUGUAGGCACAGCUCACGUAUGCUGGCAGCAGCCAGAGAAGCAUUGUCUUUCAGCCUUGUGAAAAUACUGUGUCUGAAAAUACUGUGAUACCAGCUAUUACAGAGAAAGCAAAGCAAUGUUCUGCUGAUGUUUGCAGCUCCUCAAGUAGAUGAAGUAGGUCUGGUUAGUCUAAGAAAGUGACUUCAGCAUGACUCAGGGAAAAGCAACCCAUGUCCAUUCAUGAGUAUAGAAGGAAUUAGUUAAUAUGUUAACACCCAAGUUUGGUGUAUGACUUAAGCAACCAAAAGAGAGAAAAUCAAAAAAGAAAAGAAAAAAUAUACAAGCAAACCAAACCAGCAAAUUCCAGAAAUCUUUAUGGAGCCAACAGCCAAAAAAAAUGCUUCAUGAGAAAGUUCUUGUACUAAAAGUAUUAUCAGUUUCAUUUGAUACUUUCAAAAUUACUUGAGGGUGAAAUUGUGCUUUGCUUCUCACAACUACCCGAGAGCUGGGGGAAAAUAACUGCAUUAAUAGUCUGCACUGUGAACCUAAAAAGGGAAGUGACAAAGACCUUACUGAUGUCCUCUUAGAAGGUUCUACCUUUUAUGAGAAGAAGUUCAUGGUAAAUCUCUUAUCUUUAUAACAAAGUGUAGCAGAAGAAUAUACUUUAAAUAUGGAGUUCUUACUUAUUUCUAAGUGUAUUCAGGUUAGGCUUGUCAUAGUCAGUAUUUGCUUUGUCAACUAACUGCAUAACAAUGAAAUUGGAUUUUUUUCUAACUGGGUAGUUGGAAGCUGAAGUUUGCUUUUAAAUUACAGUAUCGUAUAAAAUGUUUUAGACAAUGUUUUCAUUUGUAUUUAUGUAUUUAUAGUUUCUGCAUUAAAUGUGCAAAAAUAUGAUACAUAAGUCUACUAUAGCUUCUGAAUCUGUUUGGAUAUGUUUGCCCUUCCCUCUUAUAAAGGAAUGAAAUAAGUGAAUAAGGAGUGUUUUUGUCUUUAAAUCACUAUCUUGAGGCCUGCAGGGAUGGCAUUGUCUGUUUUCUCAGAGUUCUCUGUCUCAUCAUCUACUUCCUGGGUAAAUAACAUCAUAUUUUCCCCACGGAUGCAAAGUGCGUAAGCUGUAUGUUGUUUCAAUAAAAUAAUACAAUACUGGGAA